CUGUAAUCCAACUACAAACACAAAUCGACUGAACACGCAAUGGCUUCACUAUUUUCCCUCCCGAACGAAGUCAUACUCUCCACACUGAAUACACAGUUCCCAUGUCGAAACCAUCAAAUUCGGGCCUUAGCUACCCUUCUUGCAGUAAGACUUUUGCACUAUUGUGAAUGGACCACUAGCUAAAUAUUUACUUGUAGAUUCGAGGGGCACCUAGUCGAAAUAUCGUCCUCCAUGGCCUAUACUCCACCGGAAAAACUGCAAUUACAAAAGCGCUACUAGAGAAACUGUCUAACACUCACGCGCAAAAUGGGGUUACCAACGGUGAAUCUCAUGAUGAAGAAGAUCAAUUGCGAUAUGCGAUAGUCAAGAGCGCAGAAUGUAUAUCUGGAAGACAUCUACUAGAACAAACCAUCGGAGCUGUAGCUCAAGCAAUAAGCUGGGACGGGGAUAUAGGACGAUGCGAGAACCUGGCACAAUUGCCUGUAUCCAUCGGAAGGAUGAUGGAGAAGUGGAUAAAAGGAGAGGAACAACCUUCGAAAAGAAGAUUGGUCCUGGUAUUCGAUGGCAUUGAUCAACAGAGAGAAACACCCGGGACACUCUUCCCCGCCCUUGGACGAUUGGGAGAAAUUGUAGGCUUAUCCAAAACUACAUUCAAAUUAUACGACUAACAUCCUCAGAUCCCCAACCUCACAAUCCUCUACAUAAUAACCUCCCCACGCCCAAACUUCCUACACCUCCCCGGAGUCCCUCACAUCCACUUCCCAACCUACACCAAACCCGAAAUCCUAUCUAUCGUCUCCUCCCUGACGCCUACACCCUCCCUGCCCAGUGGAGAACCAGACACCCACGCCGUCUGGCAGAGAUUCUGCCCCGCAGUCUAUGACUCUCUCUCCAAGCACUCCGGCCGCGACAUUCUCUCCUUCCGAACCAUGUGUCUCACCCUCUGGCCCCAAUUCAUCGCGCCCAUAAUCGCAGGAACAUACUACCCCACACCAUUCAGCCGACUCCUCGUAGCAAACAAGGCGCUCUUCCAGAAUAACUCAGUGUUGGUACCUAGCAUCGUAGCUCCAAAGCCUCCAUCCACAACCAAAACCUCCACAAAUACAAACAUCACCAAGGCGAUGACAGGACCCAAACUCCCCGCCCUCGCAACCCAACUCCCCUUCCACACCCGCCUCCUCCUCCUCGCCGCCUACCUCGCCUCCUUCAACCCCCCACGCACCGACAUCCUAUACUUCAUGAAAUCCGCCACAUCACGGCGUCGCAAACGCGGCGGCGGCACAGCCCUAACCAAAACCUCUGCGCCGAAAAACAGGAAGAUAUCCCGAAAACUGCUCGGUGCACAGGCAUUCGUGUUAGAACGGAUGUUAGCCAUCUUCCGGUGUCUGAACGCCGAUGCUGCGAGCCAUAAACGGUAUGCCCAGGGAAGAGGGGGUGAGAAUAGGAGGGUUGGGAAGGAUGGCAAAUGGGAGAGCGAGGAUCCUAGUGGGAGUGCGGAUAUAUAUACUGCUAUUGCUACGCUGACUAGUCUACGUUUGUUGAUUAGGAUGGGGAGUGUGAGUACGGGGGAUGUGUUGGAGGGAAGUGCUAAGUAUAAAGUUGCUGUUGGGUGGGAGGUUGUUAGGGGGAUUGGGAGGAGUGUCGGGGUGGAGAUGGAGGAUUAUCUUGCUGAGUAGGUGGGAGUGUAAUUCCCGGGUUAAGGGAUACGACUUUGAGAGUAGGGGACAUAGAGGUUGGAUUUGGGGGAGUGAGGAGGGGAGGGGAGAGGAGUUGAUAGGUUUUAGAUACUGUAUACUAAAGAUAAUCUCACUUUGAAAGUGUAGUAGGUAGCUAAAUUAGGGG